CUGACUGUGUAGAUACUUUAUAGUCUUCUCUUCAGGAGCCAGAACCUCCAUAGAAAUACACCAGGGAUUCUUUUAUCGAGCUAGCAGAGUCCAUGGGACAAGAAGAAAGUCACACUGAAGAGAUGGAUUUAGCACGGAUUCAAGAGCUGUGUGUCAUUUUUAUGAAAGAGUGUCCAAGUGGUACCCUGCACUUACAUGAGUUCAAGAAGAUCUUUGGGGGGUCAAGCAGUGCUGUGGAGGAGUCUCUUUUCAUGGAGACAAUAUUCAACUCCUUCGACACAAACCAGCAGGAUAACACAUUGGAUUUUCAGGAGUAUGUGGCAGCACUUCACUUGAUCUUACGAGGCAAUCUUGAGGAUCGGCUCAAGUGGUCCUUCAAGAUGUAUGACAAGGAUGCAAAUGGGAAGCUGGACAGGAAAGAGGUGAAACAAUUUGUCCGGAUUCUAUACAAAAUCAAGCUCCAGAAGACGAACAUCAGUAUGAAUCCAUCACAAAUCUGUGACCGAAUCUUUGAGCUGGUUGAUCAGAAUAAUGAUGGUGAGAUAACCUUGUCUGAGUUCAUGGAGGGAGCUCAGAAAGAUGAAUGGGUCUCGAACUUAUUGAAGCUUGAUGUCAACGCCACUGGCUGGGUUAUUCAGAACUGCAGGAGAUGAGCAUCAGCCACAUGAUUUAUUCUGAGGCUGACAGAGUGGUGUCUUACCUGGGAUUUCAACAGUUUGCCUGUCUGUCCCCAUGUUAACCUACCUGUAACUUGGAGCUGGAGCAC